GCCCCCUCACGCCCUUCUCUGGUCGGGCCCACCCCCUGGAUCUAGCACCGCCUCUUCCGCGUUCUCGGAGGAGCGAGCUGAAGGUAGGGGUGCGCGCGACAGCUCCCCGGCGGGAGCCAGCGAAGGUUUCCACGUCAGAGGCCAGUGGAGAACUGAAGAUUGCCAGCUACGUACAAAGGCCGUUGAGACACUUCAUGUAGCUGGAAGACACCAACUCCCUGACAGGGGCUUUAUUUCAUUUGGGAUUUCAAGUUUACAGACGGUAUCUUCCCAAAAGUUGGAAAACCUAUAGUUUCAGAAACAACUCUCCAAGUUCCGUUUCCAAGGAAAGUCUUAACCAUUUGUCCCUUCUGGCGUACCCUCUUUCAUUGAAAUCCAUGCAGAAUAUACCAGAUCCCCGAAAUGGAUGGAAGAAUGCGCCUAAAUUGAGCUAUCAGACACUUGGCUGCGUAACCGUGCUGUCUGGAUUGUGGUGUUGAAAGUGCCGUCCUGUGUGCUUUCUCCUGAUGGCUGUCAUGUACUUGCCUCUGAGAACAGUGUAUGGACCUGCCUGGGCACUAACCAGUCUUCCUAGCAGAAUUGCUCUUUCUCUGGUCGUAUACCGCCGGAUCCUCUGAGAAGAGAGUGGGCCUUUCCCCUCAAUGGGUGAGGAGCCAGCUUCCAUUUUAAAAGCUCUCAGAAAAAAAAAGAAGAAAAAAAAAAAAAAACAACACCAACAACCGAGAGCCUGUGUUUAUUGAAGAGAUGGGCAGCAGUGAACCCCUUCCCAUCACAGAUGGUGACAGGAGGAGGAAGAAGAAGCGGAGGGCCCGGGCCACUGACUCCUUGCCAGGAAAGUUUGAAGAUAUGUACAAGCUGACCUCUGAAUUGCUUGGAGAGGGAGCCUAUGCCAAAGUUCAAGGUGCCGUGAGCCUACAGAAUGGCAAAGAGUAUGCCGUCAAAAUCAUCGAAAAACAAGCAGGGCACAGUCGGAGUAGGGUGUUUCGAGAGGUGGAGACGCUGUAUCAGUGUCAGGGAAACAAGAACAUUUUGGAGCUGAUUGAGUUCUUUGAAGAUGACACAAGGUUUUACUUGGUCUUUGAGAAAUUGCAAGGAGGUUCCAUCUUAGCCCACAUCCAGAAGCAAAAGCACUUCAAUGAGCGAGAAGCCAGCCGAGUGGUGCGGGACGUUGCUGCUGCCCUUGACUUCCUGCAUACCAAAGGCAUUGCUCAUCGUGAUCUGAAACCAGAAAAUAUAUUGUGUGAAUCUCCAGAAAAGGUGUCUCCAGUGAAAAUCUGUGACUUUGACUUGGGCAGUGGGGUGAAACUGAACAACUCCUGCACCCCCAUAACCACACCGGAGCUGACCACCCCAUGUGGCUCAGCAGAAUACAUGGCCCCUGAGGUGGUGGAGGUCUUCACGGACCAGGCCACAUUCUACGACAAGCGCUGCGACCUGUGGAGCCUGGGCGUGGUCCUCUACAUCAUGCUGAGUGGCUACCCGCCCUUCGUGGGCCACUGCGGGGCCGACUGUGGCUGGGAUCGGGGCGAGGUCUGCAGGGUGUGCCAGAACAAGCUGUUCGAAAGCAUCCAGGAAGGCAAGUAUGAGUUUCCCGACAAGGACUGGGCACACAUCUCCAGUGAGGCCAAAGACCUCAUCUCCAAGCUCCUGGUGCGAGAUGCGAAGCAGAGACUUAGCGCCGCCCAAGUUCUGCAGCACCCAUGGGUACAGGGGCAAGCUCCAGAAAAGGGACUCCCCACGCCGCAAGUCCUCCAGAGGAACAGCAGCACAAUGGACCUGACGCUCUUUGCAGCUGAGGCCAUCGCCCUUAACCGCCAGCUAUCUCAGCACGAAGAGAAUGAACUAGCAGAGGAGCCAGAGGCACUGGCCGAUGGCCUCUGCUCCAUGAAGCUUUCCCCUCCCUGCAAGUCACGCCUGGCCCGGAGGCGGGCCCAGGCCCAGGCAGGCCGUGGUGAAGACAGGAGCCCGCCCACAGCACUCUGAAAUGCUCCAGUCACACCUUGUAGACCCUAGGCCUGGCCAGGCAUUGUCCCCCUGGAAACCUGUGUGGCUAAAGUCUGCUGAGCAGGUGACAGCAUCUGCUCUGUGGCUCCACUCAGGCUUUUUCAUCUACGAAGGCCCUAAAGUUCCCACCAACCCCUAUUUCCCUAGGGUCCUGGAGGAAAAAGCUUUUUCCAAAGGGGUUGUCUUUGAAAGGGAAAGCAAUCACUUGUCACUUUGCAUAAUUGCCUGCAGCAGGAACAGCUCUUCGCUGGGCUCCACCUGCUCACCGCCUGCAGGUCUGGGAUCCGGCCUGCUCUCACCGCUGUAGCGGCGGCUGCGGCCGCAGCCUGCCGGGAGAAGCAAGAAGCAUCAGUUGACAGAGGCUGCCGACACGUGCCUCUUCCCUCUCAGCUCCGUCACCCUCCUCUGGCGCUCCUUCCACCUUCCUCUGUCCUCCGGAUGUCCUCUUUGCCCGUCUUCUCCCUUGGCUGAGCAAAGCCAUCCCCUCAAUUCAGGGAAGGGCAAGGAGCCUUCCUCAUUCAGGAAAUCAGAUCAGUCUUCCGGUCUGCGGCACAGAGAAGCACAUAAUCUUUCUUUGCCGUGACUGAAAUGUGUCCCUCAUUUAUCCUCCCCUUUGAUUGUGAUUGCUGCUAAAGUCAGUUGUAUUUUGUUUUUUUUUAAACCAUGCUGUUCCAGCAAAGAUGGGACCUUAAUCUCCCACUGCAAGCCCAUGAACUUCCCGGAGAGUGUAACGGCUUGCUCUUUCUGGAAUGUCCAUGCAUGUGGCUUUUAAUCAGCAGUGCCCUAUUCUAACUGAUUUUAAGCUGUUCCUAUGACAAACUUAGAGACAGCGUCGGUGUCUGCUGCUGUGUCCCCAGGUCUUGUGUGGGUGGCACAGGUCUGGGCAGUUAGAUGGAGCUCUGUGCCUGGGGUGAAGCCUCACUGCCCUAUUUGGGCAAUGCAGUGCCUGCUGCCCGAGUUCGUGAAGAUACAGCCACUCAGAUAAGCUGAACUGUUGAGUUACAUAAAGAAAAUAGAUUUGCAUUUGUCAGGCAGACGUUUAUACAACACCAUGGUGCUUUUAUACAUUGUGCUUAUUUUAAUAAAACUGAAAUUCUAGCUGUGGCCUA